GUAAGUAAAGUUAUAUUAAUAUCAUAUAUGACUCCACGUGUACUCAAUAGCAGUGAUUGUGUUAUUAAUUAUAUAAACGAUGGCUUUUGAUGUCCGCCGGUAUAGUAAUGAUUGUAAUGUCUGUUAAUGUCUGUAAUGAUAAUAAAUGGUAUAAUUGUUGACAGUCUGGAUGUGUAUCGUAAGAUUCCUCAAGACUUGACUCAACCAACAGUGACCGGCGCUUUCAUAUCCAUCUGUUGUUUACUUAUAAUAAGUUAUCUCUUUAUCGCUGAAUUGGUUGCCUUUAUAUCAACCGAAGUAAGCAGUGAACUCUUUGUCGACAAUAUCGGUGAAAAUAAUAAAAUAUCGGUGCGUUUAAACAUAUCAUUGCCACGACUGUCUUGUAGUGUGAUUGGACUGGACAUACAAGACGAUAAUGGCAGACAUGAGGUCGGGUUUAUUGAAAAUACCGAAAAGUUUGAGAUUGAAAGUGGUAUUGGAUGUCGGUUUGAAAGUCGGUUUCAAAUCAAUAGAGUUGCGGGAAAUUUCCACGUUUCCACUCAUUCGGCUCAUAAACAACCAGAAUCUAUAGAUAUGACUCAUUUGAUCCAUGAGAUUAGUUUUGGUGAUGAAAUGCAAUAUUUCGAUAUUAACGCAAACUUCAAUCCACUUAAAUCUAUGGAUAAAACUAAAGCCGAAGCCAUUGAAUCGCAUGAAUACCACAUAAAGAUUGUGCCGACAAUAUAUGAUGACUUGAGUGGCAAUUAUGCUAAUGGUUUUCAAUACACUUAUGCUUAUAAAAGCCAUAUAGCGUUCACACAUCACGGCAUUGGUAUGCCUGCCAUUUGGUUCCGAUAUGAUUUGACACCAAUAACAGUCAAAUAUACGCGAAAACGUAAACCAUUGUAUAGUUUUUUAACGAUGAUAUGCGCUAUAAUUGGUGGUACCUUUAGUGUUGCCGGUAUUAUAGACUCAAUCAUUUUUACGGCAUCUAAUGUUUUCAGGAAAUUUGAAUUAGGAAAACUUAGCUAGUUUAGUUUAGUUUAUUUAUCACUUUAUAUUAUUUAUUAAAUUAUACUCAAAGUAAUGUGUUAUCAAAAUAUGAAUAAAUAAAUUAUUUUACACUUUCUUAAUC